AUGAAACUGAGAGGCCAAAUCACGCAGCUCGGCCUGGCUUGGCUCGACCGAUUGCUCCCUCUCUUCGAAAAGAUGAACAAAAACGUCGUCACGUUGUACUUCAAUCCAACGCAAAUGUCCUUAGUGUUACGCCCGGAAGAUACCGGAGGGGUGGACGCGCACGCGGACGUGAGCAUCUUUGAUAACACUACUAAUACGAACAGUGGACAACAAAAUCAAAUAAUAUUCGAACAAAAGUCGUACGUGUGCUCAUCCGCGGUGAAGAACCAAAUCGCUUUUAAAGUGGACAGCAACGGGUUGUUACGAGUGGUGAAAGGACUGGUGAACGUGAACGCCACGGGCGCGCACGUGAAGUUACUGAGAAGAGAACAUAAAAGAAGGAAAGACGAUACGAAUAAUAGAACGAAUAAUAAUAAAGGAAACUUAACGCCGGUCUUGUGCUUCUCGUCCUUCGGCGGGGAGAUUGAUAUCGUCCAAGACGUUCCGAUUUACGGCCCUUUGAAUCGAAAAGACGUGGAAGAUAUCGCGACGGCGAUCGAUACCAGACGGUUCGAAGAAGUUCCGUAUUGGUUGGACUUGGAUUAUCAGUCCGCGUCGGUGUUGAGAGAAGCGACGGAACGGUUGAAGUUUGUCAGCGCGAGAGUGGAAGUGGUGGUCGGGAGAGAAGGGGCGGUGCACAUCGCGGGAGAGAAGACAGCGACGGCGAGCGCAGGGGUGGAGUUGAGAGGGGUACCGGUUGCGCCCAGGGUAGAGAUGGACGAUGACCACGACGACGAGAAUGAGGAGGGAGGAGAGAGAAGAAAAAGAAGAAGAGGGACGACGACUGCGAGAACUGCGCAGUUGAGGUUAGCCGAGAUGCGGGCAGUCGCGGUCAGGAAUAAGAAUAGUAGUAAUCACUAUUCUGUACAAACGCAGCAAAAUACAAACGAUAACAACGAUAACAACAACAACAACAACAACAACAACAACAACAACAACAACAAUUCUCUUCCUCCGGUGGCGACGAGAGGUAUUUUAAGCGCCAAGCAGUUAGGGAAAGGAUUUCUCGGAACGAUGACGAGACCAGACGUCGUUUUCUUUGGCUUUGCGGAUAACGCGCGAAGGUUGGAAAUGGUGCACAGAUUUUAUAGCGCGAGACAGGUGGUCGUGGAUAAAGAAACCGGCACCGCGGAGGAGUCGCAAGAUAGCGUGAUUGUAAGGUUUCGAAUACCCGUGGAAGAAGAAGAGGACGAGAUGGAAGCGGAUGACGAUGGAGACGACGAAGAGAACGCGACGAUGGACGCGGGAGGAAGAAACGGUGAAAGAAGAGGACAACAGAGACGUUCUUUGGUGUUCGCGCCGAGAAGUCCGGCGGGUAACAACAACAAUAACAACAACAAUAACGGUGACGACGACAACGGCGGAUCUUUGAACACCGAACACGCGGCCAGAGCGUUACUUGGUGUUCAGAAAAAACAACGGAUACAACAACGAGGUUCCAGACGGAACGACGACGACGACGGUGAUCGUGAUUCCUUCUUGGACGAUUGA